UACACAAUGGUUCAGUUUAAAACUCUGCCUGUGUUUCUCUGUGCCAUGGGUUUUAUCUCAGAGACUCUGUGCUCUUUAACUUUGGAGGCAGAAGCUGGAGAUAACGUCACUAUUUGGUGCCAACAUGGUCUGACUGAUACAGGUUCCAUCUUCUGGUUUAAACACAUGUGUGGUUCAGUUCCACUUCGUCUUGGGUGUAAAAGGUUUAGGACAUCAGCUCCAUCAGAAAACUGUUACUUCUUUACUGAAAGUGAGAGAAUAGUGAUGUCUGUUCAUGGCAAGAGCACGUCUCUCACAAUCACUGCAGUAACCGUCUCUGAUACAGGACUGUAUUACUGCAGCUUCUGUGAUAAAAUGAUCUUCAGCAACUCGACCUCUUUACAAGUGAAAGGUGUAAAUAAAACAUUUUCUGAGGAUAAAGCUACAGGUUCAGACUCUUCUGCUGUGUUCUUCAUGCUGACUGCAGUGUUUGGUGCCGUGUUUGUGAUUCUUCUCAGUGUCCUGAUCUUCAUCAUACUGAAGAACAGAAAAACUCUUAGAGGUGCUGAAGCAGAAGAUAUUGAGAACCCUGACUCGGACUCUGUGAAUUACGCUGCUCUACAGUUCUCAAAGAAGAAAACCAAUAGAACCAAGAGACACGAUGAAAAGGUGGAUCCACAUGUUAUAUAUUCUUCAGUCGGACAAAGGAAUGUGUGUACAUAAGGUCAUAUAUCAUUUACUGUUUACUUAAUAUGAAACAGAUGUUUCUAUAGGUCUGUGGUUGGAAGAACUAUAGCAUUUGUAACAUCACAGUUACGUUACAUAAUAUAACAUA